AUGGGCCAUAAGGCAAUCCUAUUGAUAGAGCGCCUAUUGAUGGGCAACGUUAUUGACCCUCUUUGUGCUCAGCGAGUCGACGCUUGGCAGGGGCCAUUUGGAGCAAUCAGAGUGACGGACUGCGCGACGGCUACUGACCCCCGAAGCUUCAUUGUCCGUCGAGUGGAGUCGGCGUUAGACGCCACCGUAGCGAUGUUGGCAGCGGGUGCGAUGAGGCCGUCCGCAGCGUUACAUCCGCCGCCUGUAGUUUGCCAGUUUGGCCCCGGCGAGCGGAGAAAGCUGCUGGCGCUGGACGACAAGUGGUUUGGUCUCGAAGCCGCCCAGAACCGACGAUCAUCCACUGUGGGCCCAAUCAGGGAAUCCUCAGGCCGAAGGCUGCGCCCUCUGCCCAGAAUUGUCGUCGUCAGUCCCUGGAGAUCUCCGUCGGGAUCAGUUGGGGUCCGACCGGGCGAAAGAAGUGGCUUCUCACCAUUCAGGGGAUCUGGGAUAUCAGGCCAUAUCCUCGUGUUUGCGACUCAAGGAAAUUGGUCGAUUCUGGCAUUCUGCAGAAUGCACCGUUUCUUGGAUCGCGAGCACAGACGUGAUGAACACUCAUCUGGUCAACGCACUUUCUAUUCUGGGUAA